UUUAUCUCCCUCGUGACAUGACAAUAGCUUGUCAAGUCAUUUUGAACAAAAAAUAGAGCUAUGGUAGUACUUUUUAAUUUAUUUUCAAUAAACUUUUAAUUCGGAAAGUAAAAUAAAUUGAAAAUUUCCAGAGUAGCAAUGUAUGAGAGCGGUCAUGUUUUAUUUUAAAUAUUAAAAUAACCACAUAGUUCAGAGUAUAGUGACGUACAUUUCAGUAAAGGCGAGGGAGGCGCUUGAGACAAUGGAAAACCUGCCUGAAACUACCAAUAACCAUAUUUCCCAGGGGUGUGGCCCAGAUACCCAUAUAAACGUACAAGUGAGUCCCACGACUGGGGGCGAGUUUUACAUUAGUCUAGAAUCACACAGCACAGUGGAGAACUUAAAAAAACUUAUAUCAAAAAAACUUAAGGUGCCCAGAGAUAGAAUAUGUUUGCUGUUCAGAGAUAAACAGCUUCAAGAUGGAAAUUUGUAUCAGCAUGGAAUUGCUGAUGGCUCUAAAAUCACUCUCCUUCCUAAUGUAGAAACAGGCCUUAUUAAUCAACGUCCAGAAAUAGGCAUUAUGCAAGCUUUAGAGUCAUUGAAUGAUACUCAAGUUAAUGAAUUUUUAUGUGGUAAAGCUCCUUUAAACCUUAGUAUGAGACUGGGAGAUCACAUGAUGUUAAUACAGCUUCAGCUUAGUACUGUAGCAUUAUCCAGCAAACCUUCAAAUUGUGCACCUUUGGUACACUCUCCAGGGCCUCCUAGUCUUAUACAAGCUAGCAAAAACUUACAACAUACAUUAAGAAAAUUGUCAGCAGAUAUUUUUGCAGGAAGGGAAAAAACUAGAAAUAAAGGGGGUCGUCGUGAGAAUGUUUACUCAGGUACUUUUAGUGGGGCAUUAAGUCCAACCCUGCAGGAUUCAAGAGGCAGACCUCGUCGAGAUGUUGCAACCAUUGUUCAUAUUUUAAAUGAUCUCUUAUGUUCUGUGCCUGAACUUCGAGGUAUCCAAAAUAAGGGUAGUGAAGAACCUACAAUUUCUCUGUCGGAAGAUGUGCAACCUGAAGAAGUGUCCACUUGUUCUUCAUAUUUUAAUAGAUCAGAACCAGGUAGUAGUUCUAGUACUAGCUCCUCUUAUUCAACUAUCCUUCAUCAUGAAGACCAAAAUUUGGUUACAAGAAAUAAAUUGGAUCAACUAAGGUUGGUAAUGGGAGAACGAAAGGAGCGGCGAAGACAGCGUAAAGCGAAACCCUAUGUUUUACCACACCAGACUGAUUCUGACAGUGUAACUGCAUAAAAAAGUCGUUUUUGUUUUUAAUGCAAUAAUAAAUCAGACAUUGGAUUUUUUAAAUCUAUUUUAUAAAAAUUGAGUUUAAGAUUCAUGUAUUUAAAAAUGAAAUAUUAGAAUCUCAUAGAAUUACACUUUAAUAAGUUCUUCUUGAUUUACCAUGUUGCCGAAACUCUAUCUAUAUUCUUAUCAAUUGUAAAAAUGGCACGCUAAUAUUUUAUUUUUUUCUUUUAACAGACUUGUGCGAUCUGUGAUAGAUAUUUUAAAGCAGUUCAAGGGAUUGCCAUGUUUUUAUUUUUGUAUAAGUAAUGAAUGUUGCAUGCAAUAUUCACCUUUAUACAUUGACAAAAUAAAAGUGUAUUAUUAAUGUGGAAAUGAAAUAUUAGAUUGUCAUUAAAAAUAUAAUUAUUUGUUCUAUUACAUUGGAGUUGGUUUAAGGAAUAUUUAUAGACUGAGCAAUAGUAUUGAAUAUUGCAUUAUACAUUUACUUAUUUUUAAUUAACAUUAUGAUGUUAAGAUAUUGAGUUACAGGAUAUUUUAGAUAAAGUUUAUGAGGCAACACUUCAGCAAUGUAAUUAAUUUUGUAUUCAUUGAAUGCUAUAAAUACAAGAAAGUAAUAUUUAUUGGAAAUCCUGUAUAUCAAUUAUUUUUAAAAUAGUUUUGACAUAAAUUGUUUAUGUUUACAAAAACUAUUACUAGUUCCUUUUUAUAUUUAAUUUUAAUAAAACAGGUUGAUAAGCAAAGACAAUAGCACGUCAUGAUCCUGUUUCGAUCUUUUUGACACUGGGUAUUGUAAAGUGCAUUUAUUGUAAUAUAGUUUAUAAAAAUAAUACCCAGUUGUUCAUUACGUUUGGCGUGUAAAUAGGAAAUUUUUUCACAAUAAUAAUUAUUAAGUUUAAAUUUAUUUCCGAAAUAUAGUAAUUUUAUUAUUGGUAUUUGACUACUGAUUAAUGGUCUUCAAAUAAAUUAAUUUACUUGAAUUAAAAGUAACUUUAAUCCCAUUUAUCAGCAGAAGCGAUUUUUUCCGAAUGAUUUCUUUUAUGUCAGUUGAUUAAUAUUUCUAUUUUAACUAUAUUUGUAGCGUAAUGCCCAAAAUGAAACUCCCGAAUGAGGUAUUAUCCGCCACGAUAUAUAUAUUUUAAUUGUUCUAAUGUGGUCAGACUCACUUUGUUUAUAGUUAAUCAUUUAUGCUUAUUAAAGUAUUUUUAAAAAAUAA